AUGUUCAAAAUAAGGGUCAGAAUCCUAGUGGGCAUUGUGAUUUUCUUAGGAUAUUUCUUGACAUUCGUGGUCCGUUACAAUAUUAGCGUGCAUAUUGUUGAAAUGGUCUUUAUAUCAAAAAAAGACUUACUAAUGCAAAACUAUACGAAUAUUAAAAGAAAACAAAGUGUUUCGACUCUAUCAAUAACAGACAUGAUCAACUGGGACGAUAUGAAAAUGGCAAAGUUAUUUUCUGCUUAUCACAUUGGAUAUUGUAUUUGUUUCCCUAUAUUUCACAAUCUUGGAGACAGAUUAGGUCCGACGUGGGUGGUGGGGAUUGCUGGAAUGACCUCUGGAGUUCUCAACUGUUUAACACCCGCAUCGGCUUAUUACAAUUUCUGGGCGGUGUUCUUUGUGCGCACAAUUAAAGGGUUUUGUGCAGGCGCUAUGCAACCUAGCAUGGUACAAGUGCUGAGGCAUUGGGUGCCUCCCAUAGAGAGGAAUCACUUCAUAUGGGCAUAUUGUGGUAUUACAACGGGAACUUGCUCAACAUUCCUGAUAUGUGCGGCGGUGCACUACUAUUCCAAAUGGCCUGUAGGCUUUUACAUAGUGGGCUGUCUACAGGUGGUCUGGUCAGCAUUAUGGGUAUUCUUCGUCACUGACUAUCCUCGCAAGCACCCUUGCAUCUCUAAGGAAGAGCUUGACUACCUGAUCAAUACUGUAGGAACUGUAUUUACCAUUAAGCUUACGAAUUCACAGACUCCGUGGAGGGCAAUUCUGAAAUCGGUGCCAUUCUGGGCACUUUGUAUCUUGAACUUUGGAUAUUCUUGGAUGCUAAUAUCUUUAUGUAUUCAUGGACCUUUCUACUAUUCUAAGAUUGCUGAUUAUAGUAUAUAUAGUGCAUCUGCAUUGACGGCAUUACCAUUCUUCUUACGUCUCAUAAUGGGAACUGCAAUUAUACAAAUAUACUAUUGGUACAAACACAACAAGCAAAUGAAGCCUAUAAAACACUUCAGGAAAUAUUUUAUUGUCGUUUCUCAUGUGAUUCCUGGUAUUAUAGUGUCGGUAUGCUGGCUAUUGCCUGUUAUACCAGGUCCCAUACUAUUGACCACAGCAGUAGCACUCACUGCUUCGGGCAUGGAUCUCACUCUCGAUCUUUGUUAUGAAUUAACAACGACUUACGUCAAUUCUAUCAAUACUGUGAUAAAAAUUAUUGGAAAUACAGCUGGAAUAAUUUUAUGUUUCGGCGUAGGAUAUGUAACGUAUAAGUAUAAAAAUUACCCUUUUGUUUGGAAGCAUAUCUGGUGCUUUCAUGCUACAGUAUUGUUAAUAAGUGGAUUUGUAUUUCUAAUAUGGGGAGAUACCCACGUCCAGCCAUGGAAUUCCAGAAGUGCUGUGCGAAAACAUAAUGUUAAGCCCAAGCAAUCAGUUAUGUCUCAUAUAUCGGAAGAAGACGAAGAAGAUACUGCGAACUCAAUCUCAACAUACAGAAAUAAGAAGAAAUCUCACAGUAGUUUUUUUCAAAACAUCACAAACAAAAGUUUAAGUUAA